AUGUCACUGAUUGAUAGAUCAUCAAAUUUUUCAUUCUCUUCAAUAACUCCAGUUAUAUCACCAUGUGGGCAAAACAUUGCAUACAUUAACGGAUCAAAACUAGUUAUAAGGAAAACUGAAACUUUAUCUUUGGUUAGAGUAAUUAAAAUCAAAUUGAAAAAUAAAAGCCCUUUUAUUAAAGUAUCACAGAUACAAUGGGAACAUGAAUAUAAUGAAGUGUCAAAUAAAAUAGCUGUACUGAUCGGCAAUGAAAAUAUUAUAAAAAUCUAUGAUAUAUUGGAUGAAUCAGUUGAUAUAACAAUAAUAGAAGAUGAUGUAUUUGGAAUACAGAAUUUCGAAUGGCUACCACCAAGAGAAGAUGAAACUGAAGAAUCAGCAUAUGAAGGAUCAAAACAAAUCAUUGUGUUCACAGAGGCAGAGAUUUCGGCAAAUAUUUAUUCUUUAGAUUAUUCUAGACCAAUAUUAUCAAUUGAGAAACCAAAAUUUAAUAAAAUUUUACUCAAACCAAAUUCAAAUAUUUUUUCAAUUAUAACUUUGACAAAUAAUCAAAUUUAUUCAAUUAAUUUGAUAAAUAAAUCUUCAUCUAUUGAAUUUUUCAAUUCUGUUCAAUUAUCUUCUUUUUUAAAUUUGACAGAAUCAAUUCAAUGGUCACCAGAUGGUCAAUGGAUUUUAUGUAAUGAUGCUAGUAUUGGAGGUAUAAAUAUCCAGAUAUUUUCAUUAUUCAAUGAAUCAUUAUCCCAAAGAAAACCAAUCUUCAAAUUUAUUGACGAUUUCGAUCCAUUAGGCGCUAUAGAGACUAAAUGGGUAGAUAAUUCAUCAAUUUUAAUAAGUGAUCAUUAUGAACAAAUUCAUUAUCUUGAAUUUUCUACAGGUUUAGAAAUUAGCUAUACAAUACGACAUAGAUCUAGUGUUGAUAAUACAAUUGUUUGGAAACAAGAUUUGACAUUAUCAAAAUAUCAAAAAAAGCAAAAUUAUUAUAAAAUUCCACAAAUUAGUUCAUUACCUUUAGUAUCAUCUGGUAUUUUCAAAUUUCUUAUAAAGGAUAAUUAUUUAUUUUCAGUUACAAAAUCAAUGCCAAGUGCUGUAUUUGUUUGGAGUUUAUCAAAUAAAGUUACAGAACCACUUGAUGUUAUUGUGACAAAUAGUAAAGUUAAAGAUAUUCAAUUAUCAAAGAAUAAUCAUUUAUUAAUAGUUAAUGAAGAUUCAAUAUCAAUUUGGAAUUCAACGUGGUCAUCUCCUUUAUCAUUUCCUGCUAUUAUUGAAAAUUCAGGAUCUUUAGUUAAAGGUGCAACAUUAACAGAAUUAUCAGAAGGUAAUUCAAGUAUUUUAAUAUGGUUUAAUGAUAAUUUUAACGUUUUAAAAUUGAAAUUAGAUUCUUCAAAUGAUUUUGAUACUAUUAGUAUGGAUACAGAACAAUUUGAUACGAUUAGAAAUGGAAGUCCAGCAUUAAUUGAUGAUUCAACAAAUGUUGUUAAAUUGGCAAGAGGUGUCCAACAAAGUGAAUGGGGUCAUAAUAAUACAGCAUCCAUUGAGGUUGAAGAUACAUUUAUGAAUAAAAGAAGGAAACCAUUGCUCAAAUGA